AGAGGUCGGUCGACUACGUCGUAGCAAAUAUGUAACUGCGCGGUUUGUUCUUAAAACUUAAGAGACGUACUAUGUUAUGUGAAGUUCAAAGUGAUAUGUGGAAUCAUUAAAUCUGAACUCAUGUUUACUUUAAGACCCAAGAUCUGUGAAAAGUGACAAGAAUGAACUUCAGAGAUAUGCAGUUAUCAAUAACAUUGCUGACGUUGUUCUCAAUACACGUUGUGGAUGAAGGAUAUGCGCUUAACCCAAGUUGCUCGUGCAUCCGUUUCACGUCUUCUCAUGGCAAGACACGCGGCACCUUCAGCAGUCCAGACUAUCCUCACCCGUACCCUCACUCUCGCUGUCUUCUCUACACUUUCCUCGCUCAGCCACACCAGAUUGUAGAGAUAACUUUCACGGAAUUUGAUAUCUACAAGGAGCAUCUAGAGUGUACCAGAGGCGACUACAUAAAAGUGUACUGGGAGGUCCAGGGUCCUGGUCCUCCGGGAGCUAUCAACGAGCGAUCUGCCUGGGCUAAGGAGUUGUGUGGAAGUAGAGCAGACAUUCCUCCAAGUCUUUACUCACCAGGACCAGCUAUGGUGUUAGAGUUUCACGCGGGAGUAAAGCAGAACAAUGCAACAGGCUUCCUUGGAACUUACAGCUUUAUUGACAAACGCUUGUUCGAGACGGAAGGCGUCCGGAUACAGGGGACGGCGUGUGACUAUCAGUUUAGCCGGUCCGGAAACCGACCGGCACAUGGCCGGCUCUACAGUCCAAGAUACCCGUCCAACUAUCCCAAUAAUGUGCGGUGCUCCUAUCAUUUUCACGCCAGGCCAAAAGACCGCGUCAAAUUAGUCUUUGAAGAAAUCUCUUUACAGAAAGGCGAUGUAAGUUGCCUACGGCGAGCGGAUAUCAUCAAGGUGUUUGAUGGCAAUGACACAGAAGGGCCAACAAUAGCGAUGCUGUGUAACGAGCUUACAGGGUACGAAGUGUUGUCAACGGGUCCCUACCUACUGCUGCAGUUCACGGCUAACUCAGCAUCACCUGGACAAGGAUUUGCUGCCACCUUCCACUUCCAACCACCGCCUGAUUCAACAGCUGCUGAUUCAGAUCGUCUUUUGAAGCUGAGCUUUGGAAAAGCCUUCGAAUCGCUUGGCCCUGAAGUAAGCGCAACAACCUCAUCGUGCCAUCAAGAGUUCAACAGUGACGGCUCAAAACACGGCACCCUGACAUCUCCUCACUAUCCGCUCGCUUAUCCUUCAAAUACACACUGUCACUACGAGUUCUUUGGCAGAGGCAAAGAAAGAGUACGCCUUAUUUUUCAAGACUUCAUACUUUAUAAGCCACCAGACGGUUCCACAGAUUGUACGAAUGUUGAUUCACUUCAAGCAUUCAUCAGCGUGGACGGCCGCUUAGAAAAUGUUGCCUCAUUCUGUGGAGUCAAUCUCCCGAAACCAGUGAUGUCCAACGGUCCAAAACUAAUGAUGGAGUUUAGAGGGACACAGUCAUCGAGACAAGCUCGGGGAUUCAAAAUAUCAUAUUCAUUCGUAGAAAAUUUUGGAAUAACAACAGGUCGACAGUUGAAAGAAUUUCCUUGUGCAUUCGUUUAUAAUAGCAGUGAGGCUCACAAUGGAACAAUAGCGUCACCCAAUUCGCCUGGUGCUUACCCGAGAGACACAGAGUGUUCAUACUUUUUUCACGGAGGACAGACUGAGAAAGUUCAUCUUCAUUUCACGCAUUUCGAUGUGGAAGGGGUGUCGCCGUGUGAGGCAGUUUCAGCAAGCGAUUACGUUGAAUUUUCCAAUUAUAUCACUGAAGACAGUAGGUAUGGUAGAUACUGUGGUCAGCAGAAGGAAUUUCACGUGGAAUCAGAGAGAAACUUCUUCAAAGUUACAUUCCGAUCUAAUGAUCGAUUAGACGGAACUGGAUUCAAAGCGAUCUAUCAAUUUCUAGAAGUAUCUGACGAAUAUCAAGCUCCGAUAUCUGACCUCGGAUCGUCAGUCAUUCAUUCCUAUUUGUGUUUGGUGCUAACCACAAUCAUCUCAGCAUAUUAUCAUCUAUGUAAUUAAAUGAAGUGAUAUUAGAUAAUAUUAUUAUUAUAUAGCGUCUAGGUAGUUUUUCAAUCCUGUACAUUUUGUAAUAUAGUCUGUACCAUACACUAGUAAUUUGUUAUCUGUAGGUUUGGUCUUUUGUUCACUAUAACUUAUCAAGAAAUUCUGUUUUAGUAGUACCUAUAAGUAAUUACAGCCAAAUACAGCCAUAGAAGGUUCAUAUUCUAGAAAGUGUCUCAAUUCAUAAUACUAUUUAAUGAUUCACUGUCUUCAUAACUAAAGUUAAAAGAAACAAAAUUUACUUGAUCACGGACUUCGUAUAGAGGCGGAUUUUGGAAUAUGGACUUAAUUAUCCUGGUAACGCGAGCAGUCCAAUGUGCUCAAAAUCCUAUUUUAGAAACACUAAACCGACUGCUCAGGUGACGUGGAACAGUUAUCGGCCUUAUAGACCCAGUCAAAGUCGUUGACAGAUGUAUCUAAAAACUACACCUAUUCUCUUUAUUAGAUAGAUCCCUUGCGUGAUGCGUUAUGUCUUAAAUCAUAAUUAAAUUCUGUUUGCUAAGUGAUGGCACUUAAUAUUUCCGUCAUUGUUACCAAUAAAAAAAUAGUUUCAGCGAGAUUUUAAAAUUAGUAUAGACUAAGUCAAACCAGUUUAUCCUGAAGAUCAUAUUAGGCUCGAUCAGUUUAUUGAUAUCAUUCUCAACUAGUUCAGCCUAGGCUAAAGGGGUUUGUCCUAAGGCCGAUACGAGAAACUAGUUUAACCUAGUCCCUACCAGCUUAUUCUGUCGCCAAGAAUGAACUGGUUUGGCCUAGGAAAAACUAGUUUAUCCUAAAAUCGGGUUUGGCUGGGAACAAUAAUUUUGCUUUACCAAAUAUCAAUAAUGACUUAUGUGUUCAACACUAAAGGAAUUAAAGGAGUGCUGCCAGUAAAGGAGAAAGAAGAAUUUAACAUGAAUAUAAAUAAAAAAUGUACUGUUAAUAUAUUUCUUUAAUCUUACGAGUAAUCAAUUUGUUUCUCGUUUUUAAUUAUUUAAAUAUAAAAUGUAAAUCAAUACUUGUUGAAUCUAUGUGAAGUUUGACGAAAAAGAGAGUAUCUAACUGCGUUUUGAAAGUAGAUACUCUUAAUUAUGCUACCAAGUAAAACAAUCACAAUAAUAUUCUCGCUGGCACAUAUUGUACCUAAUUAUAAUCAAUAAAUUAUAUAUUUCA